AUGGGCGGCGGCCAAUCAUUGAUGUCCACGAGCUUCAACCUUCGUCUGCAAGCUCGGGAGGUGCUGAAACUCCAUGCUCAAUGUGAGCGUGAAGAGGAAUCUGAGAAGUUGAAGGUAAAGCGUGCACUUGAAAAGGGCAACGUGGAAGCUGCACGGGUCCAUGCUGGCAACGCUAUUCGUAAGCACAACGAAGCAUUGCGUUUUUUACAAUACCAUGCGAAACUUGAAAUACUACGACACCAAGUAGACAGCGCCGAUCGAACAAAUAAGGUAACUUGCGAAAUGCGCAAGGCAUUACCUCAGCUACGCAAGAUCGCAAAUUGCAAGUCCAUGGACAGCGCAAGCUUAUUUAACCAGUUCGAAAAGAUAUUCGAAGAUAUGGAGGUAGCUGAAGCUUACACCGAUCAGACUAUGAGCGACACUACCGCACACUUGGCUCCACAGCUAGAGGUGGACACCUUGAUAAGCAAGGUGGCAGAUGAGCACGCUCUAGAUAUCGGUACGAUGUUGGAUAGCGCCCGCGCAAUACGCGGAGCUGUCAGUAACCGAAACGACAUUGGCAAGCUUGCCAAGUAA